AUGCCUAGCUGCGCUGCAAAAUGUCUCGUCGAGACCAUUCCCCAGUCAAACUGCUCACUGACCGACACGGCCUGCAUCUGUUCGAACAAGGAGCUGCAAGACAAUGUUUCCUCUUGCGUUCUUCAGAACUGCAGCGUUAGAGAAUCGCUGACCACAAAAAAUAUCACCGCAACCCAAUGCCACCAACCCGUGCGAAACAAGGGUAAUUUCGUCUCCGUUACUGCCUAUGCAUUGGGAGCAUUGUCCUUGUUGGCGUAUGGAUUGCGGAUAGCCUCCAGGUUUUCUCAGUCGCUGAACAGCUUUGGCUGGGAUGAUUUGUUCAUCACGCUGGCCGUUGCUGCAGAUAUCCCAUUGAUAGUCAUUGCACCUCUAUCGGUCCAUGCUGGCUUGGGUCGAGAUACAUGGGCAGUUCCGUUCCAGGAUAUCACCCAUAUGCUCUACCUCUACUGGUGGGACGAGGUCAUAUACUUCUUCAUCAUCCCCACGACCAAAAUCUCCAUCCUCUGCUUCUACCUCCGCAUCUUCCCACAGCGUCCAUUCCGUACCGCCGUGUUCAUCGUCAUCGGUCUCAAUGUGGGCUAUUUUGUCACUUUCUUCUUCACCACUAUAUUUUAA